UGUGGGUGGACACAAGACAGUACUCGAAUAACUGACACAUUAUUACUUUAUCAUCUAGUACGACAAUAACAAAUCUGCUCCGGUACAGUGUUACACUGUAACCUUAUUUUGUCACUGACACAUCCGUGCAUUGAAACCGCUGCGCUCUUCCUACGGGGAUUAGAUUAGAGGGCUGUGGAAGCAAAGCUCCCUUCCUUAUGCAGUGGGAUACUUAACGUGAGAGCCCGCUUUCAGCCAUUUUACAAACGAGAAAGUGUGACUGUCUGCUUCUGCUGUUCAUUAUAAACAAUGCCUUUAAAAGACAAAAGCUAAAAACACGAGGUUUGGGAUUUGAAAACAGUCAUCGCCGCUGCCUUAAUAUUACUGACGCGGGCAGUUAUUAUUUGCGGCGAAUUCUAGCAUGUGCUCCAUGUAACCCAAAGGGAUACGCACCAGGGGAAGUGAAGGCACAGAUUAUAACUGAUGGAAAACGCAUGCUGUCAGCUCUUUUUGGCAGUUAACCUUGGAUUCAUGGACGAAUUUGUGUACCAUAAGCAUUGAAACAGUAUUGGCACUGUAAAUGACAGAUGGAUGCAAUAGGCAGAAGCAGAGGCCCUCCUAGUUUCCAGUGUGCAGGCAGCAUGGACCACACCUUCAGCUUCAGUACACUAAAGAAGCUGGCCGCGGAGCCCGAUCACACUGACGUGAGCCUGUCUGCAGAGGAGCGAGUGAGAGCUCUGAGUAAGAUGGGCUGCAACAUUGAAAUCAACGAAGACAUCACCCCCCGGCGCUACUUCCGCUCCGGCCUGGAGAUGGAGCGCAUGGCUGCUGUUUACCUGGAGGAAGGGAACCUGGAGAACGCCUUUGUCCUGUUCAAUAAAUUCAUCACAUUAUUUGUUGAAAAGCUGCCCAGCCAUCGGGACUACCAACAGUGCGCAGUACCUGAGAAACAGGACAUCAUGAAGAAAUUACAAGAUGUUGCUUUCCCAAGAAUUGCUCAUUUGAAGAAGUUACUUGUUGAGAAGUACAGCAAAGAACACAUGGAGUAUAUGAAAGGCCAAAGUAAAACUGUGGAGGAGUGCUAUCAGAGCCUGAAGCAGCUGCAGCUGAUUGAGGAGGAGAAGCAGCGUGUGACCCAGCUGAGGAGGCUGCAGAUCGAAUCGGAGCAGUUCCGCUUCUUUGAGGACCAGCUUCGCCAACAGGAUCUCGCCAGCAGGAAAGAAGAGGCCGGGCCCAAGGUUUCGGAGCAGACUGAUGGUGGAGCGCUGUCCUGCUUGUCCUGUCCUUCUAAAAACACCAAAGGAUCCUCCUGCCCAAAUCUUGCAGGUUCAAGCCAGUCCCCUGCUGUAAACAGAGCUCUCAGUGCCAUUCAGAAUCAGAAGUUAGAGGGGCUGAGGAGUGUUGUGAUCCCCAAGGACCUUUCCUACAAGUUUUUGGUUCUUGCAGACAACAAUACAGCAAGAGGAAUAGAAACCUGUGGGAUUCUUUGUGGAAAAUUGACCCAUAACGAGUUUACAAUAACUCAUGUGAUAGUGCCCAAGCAGUCUGCUGGCCCAGACUCCUGUGACGUGGAGAAUGUGGAGGAGCUCUUCAGCUUUCAGGACCAGCACAAUCUCCUCACUCUCGGAUGGAUCCACACACACCCAACUCAAACAGCAUUCCUAUCAAGUGUGGAUCUCCACACCCACUGUUCAUACCAACUGAUGCUGCCGGAGGCAAUUGCGCUUGUAUGUUCACCAAAACACAACGACACUGGAGUUUUCAGGCUCACCAGUGCAGGGAUGUUGGAGGUGUCUGCCUGUAGAGCGAAGGGCUUCCAUCCACACUCCAAGAACCCAGCAUUGUUUAGUAUAUGUGAACAUGUUGUUGUGAAAGACAUGAUAACGGCAGUGCUGGACUUGAGGUGAUGUACACAGAAGAACAAUUCUGGCUAGUGAAGACAUUUUUAAUGUGAAAGAAGGGUCCCAAAAAUAUUCUGACACUUAAGGCUUUAAGUUUUAUAUUUAUAUUUUUCUGUUUUUAAUUUUUUUUAAUUAAUUAAUUGUUUUUUUUUAAUUUUACUGUGAACUGAUGAGGUAACCUUGCACUGAAAAGAUUGACAUUGUCUGCCAGAAAAUGAAAUGAAGUUUGUGUGAAGCUUUUAAAAUAUACAGUAUGCUAUUUUUUGUUUAUUCAUUUAUUUUGGUUUGUUUUUAGCGGCUUUAAAACUAGACUUGCCUGAGGUGUCUCUUUCUUCUAACCACUGUACUGCUUAGCCAAGAAUCUUUGAACUAGAAAAACUAUUUGAUAGUCAUCCAGCAGUGUAAUGUUUCUAUUUAAAGGCAGACAUGCUGGUGAAGGGUGGACUUUUGUUGUGUCUCAGGGCUCUAUUACAAAUGAGGCAACUUUUUUUCUAGCACUGUUGAAAUUACGAUGUUCAAGCAAUUGUUGCUUUAACUUUGCAUAUCAUGAGGAAUGUCACCUACAAUUGCUUUCUUAAACAGACGCCAGUCUGUUGACAUAUUUUCAUUUCGUGUGAACUCUGAACUCAGAAGUGUAGAGGACUGGAACAGCCAAUAGAGUUGGUUAUGAUUCUUUUCACACAUUUUUUUUUAAUAUAUACACACAAGCAUCAUUGCUUAAGGAAAAUACACUUCUGAUGAAGGUAUUUACUGAAGUAGCGGUCUACAUGAUUUACUUUCAUAUACUGGUAACUUUAACUAUCCAUCUAUAUCAGUAUAAAAACACAAUUGAAUUUGUAUUUGUUUCCCUCUUUGUUUUCUUCAUAAAACCAAAAUAUAUCAUCUUUAAUUAUAUUUUUUAUUUAUUGCAUGCUGCCACCCAAUGGCAAUAUGUGAUAACUGUCCCCAACUUUAAUUAAAAGAGAAUUUCACUGGAGUAGAAAGUCAAACCUGAUGUUUUACAAACCCUGGCACACACCCAUUCAAACGCAUUGUCAGUUUCAAGAGAACAGAACUCAAAAUGGUGUACAUAGGCAUCAAAAAGAUGAUCUUUACAUUCAUGUUGUUACUAUUGGUUUCUUAUCAUUGGUUUUGGUACCACAGAAAGCACAAUGUAAUUUCAAUUAAUUUUGUCCACAUUAGGUUUGACUUAAUUUGGGACAGCAAAGGCUUAACAAUAUAUUAAAAACAGUCAGUAGG